GCAGUGGAUGCUCCUUUUACAUAUGAUUUGAAAAUCGUUAGACACCGCUAGAUUAAACAUAAUUAAAUCCAACGGUCAUAACGAGAAGAUAUUAAGAAGAUAUUUUGUAUCUUAAGUUUAUAUUUCAAUUUGACAUAUACGUCCAAAAUUAUUGUCAGGCAAGUGCUACUACAUUCAUCCGAGCCCUUUUGUCCGUUUCCGUCUUAAAAAGAAAGAUCCACAAACCAAGAGAGAAACAUUCAAUUAUAAUAAAGGUUAAACUACGAUUUCGCAUAAAGCUAAUUCGUAUCUUGAUAACACGUACCCGGCGUAUCUGCAUGUUAUUAUAAUUACAGUUUUUAACUUAACGCACAUAUAUAAUAUAAAUAUAAUUAAAGAGUACACAUACAUCCACCAAUCCGAUGUCUAUAAGACCAUCGAGUAACGUUUAAUAAACUUCACGAACUAACCAACGAAGAGAGAUGGCGAGUGGUAGUUCUUCGAUUUGUGGGAUUGGACACCUUCAAAAGGAAUGUUACUAUGAGUGGAUGUGUACACAAUCUAAACACAUAGUUGAUCUCAAAGAAGGGCUCAUGAGUCAACAAUCCAACGCCUACGAUCAUCACAAACUCGAAGAACUCGUUGGUAGAAUCGUCAACGACUUCCAAAAAUACGCCGAAAGAAGAUUGGAGCUGGCCGACCGAUGCUGCUCUGGCUACCUUGCACCGUCGUGGAACUCUUCUCUAGAGAAUGGUCUUCUAUGGAUUGGAGGGUGUCGUCCUUCAUCGUUCAUGAGAAUCAUAUACGCUCUAUGUGGUUCCCAUGCAGAAACUCAGCUUUUUCAGUAUCUCCUCAAGAUGGAUGAAGAAGUCGUCGAUGUGCAUGACGGUGAUAGUUCCAUGAGCGAGCUAAACGCGAUGCAGCUUGCCAAAAUCAACGACUUGCAUGUGGAGGUGAUAGAUAAAGAAGAUAAGAUAACGAAGCUUUCUGCGAAUAUGCAAGAGGAUGUUGCUGAUAUGCCAAUAGCCGUCACGGCUUUCUCGAGGGACUCGGUUGAAGCUGACGUGGCUGUUGAAGAUGCUUUAGAUAAGCAUGAAGAGGGCAUGGCGGUUUUAAUAGCGGAGGCUGAUAAGCUGAGGCUAUAUACACUUAAGAAGAUCGUGGAGGUUUUGACGCCGGUUCAAGCGGCGGAGUUUUUGCUCUCCGGGAAAAGAUUACACGUCUCGUUGCAUGAGUGGGGAAGAGUUAGAGAAGAGCGUCGUUUUGGGUGUGCACGUGCGGAGGAUGCAGCUGCCGCUAGAGGUGGAGCUGGGAAGUCAAAAAGAUCAACCACUUGUUGAUGUAUGAGUACGAGUCUCUUGUAAGGUUUCUUGUGUAAUAUUUUGGUCCAAGUAGACAUGCGAUCAUGUUAAGCGUCUUUAUAUAUAAUCUUGUGUAAUAUUUGGUCUAAGUAGACAUGCGAUCAUCUUAAGCGUCUUUAUAUAAAAUGUUGUGUAAUAUUUGGUCUAAGUAGGCAUGAGAUCAUGUUAAGUGUCUUUUUUUUUUAACAAAAUGUUAAGUGUCUUUAUGUGUGUUUGUUGGAGAGAGAUGUA